GUGGGAGGUGGACCCAGACUACUGUGAUGAGGUGAAGCAGACUCCUCCCUAUGACCGCGGCUCUCGCCUGCUGGACAUCAUGGACAUGACCAUCUUUGACUUCCUCAUGGGUGAGGACAGAAGCUCCAUUACACGCUAUUCCCUCCACUGCACUCUAUUCCCUAUAUAGACAUUCUUGGUGAAUAGGGGUCCUCUUUUCCUGUGUAUAUUAAUGUUGUUUACCUCUGUAUCCAGGUAACAUGGACCGGCACCAUUAUGAGACUUUUGAGAAGUUUGGAAACGAGACAUUCAUCAUCCAUCUGGACAAUGGAAGAGGGUGAGGAGAAAACACAGCACAUCUCAACCCUUUUCAUCUGUUCUCUAGGCAACUGGUAAUGUCUGAUUUGUCACAUAGCCUUUUAAAACUCUCUUUCUUUAACUUCAGUUCUGAGUUGUUACACUAAGCAACAGGACAUAGCAACAGCUCAAAGCAAAGGCAUAAUAAAUGUUUUAAAGGUAUUUUUAAGGUCUGAGGGACGCUGUGCAUUUCAGAAUCAAGCUACAAAGGCAUGUGGAAAAACUCUCGGUCCCUGACUGACACUCAAUGGGAAGGGAAUGUGAGUGGAAUGUUCCAUGAGAAUAGAAUGUUCAGGACUCUGGAGCUUAGCUUUCAGUCUGAUGCCUUUCUCACCGAUCCUGAGAGAUGUACUGCUUUUGGUGGCUGUGAGACAGUCUGUGAGAAACACAAACCAAGGUGUUGUAUUAUCAGCCAGUGAGUGGUGUUGCUUGGCUCACCUCUCUCCUCUCCUGUCCUUUCUCCUCUCUCCUACUCUCCUCUCUUCUUUGCAGGUUCGGGAAACACUCCCAUGACGAGCUCUCCAUCCUGGUGCCUCUGAGCCAAUGCUGCAGGUCAGCAUCUGUUAUUUUACCUUCUCUCUCUCUCUCUCUCUCUCUCUCUUUCUCUCUCUCUGUCUCUCUCACGCUUUUUCUCUCUCUCUGUGUCUCUCUCUCUGUCUCUCUCUCUCUCUCUCCUCUCUCUCUCUCUGUCUCUCUUUCUCUCUCUCUGUCUCUCUCGCGCUUUUUCUCUCUCUCUCUGUCUCUCUCUCGCUCUCUCUCUCUCUCGCUCUCUCUCUCUCUCUCUCUCUCUCUCUCUCUGUCUCUGUCUCUCGAUCUCUCUCUCUCUUUGUCUCUCUCUCUCUCUCUCUCUGUCUCUGUCUCUCUCUCUCUCUCUCCAUCAUAACACACACUCCUGUGUAAACUGCUUGCUUGCGCAGUCUGCAAGUAUAAUUAGUGUGCUUUUCUUCUUUUGAAGCAUGUUUCCCUUUAUAUUCCUAGGAUUCUUACUAGAUGUACAAGUGCAUCCCUUUUUAAGAAGUCCAUCUGUAAAGUAAGACCUCUUGCCUCUCUGCCUUCCUCCCUUCCCCCUCCCCUCCCUCCCUCUCUCCCCUCCUCUCCCCCUUCCUCUCUCCCCUCCUCCUCUGCUGCCCCACAGAGUGAGGAAGUCGACCCACCUGCGUCUGCAGCUGUUGGCCAAGGAGGAGUACCAGCUGAGCCGUCUGAUGGAGGAGUCCCUGCUGCGUGACCGCCUCCACCCCAUCCUCAUCCAGCCCCACCUGGAGGCCAUGGACCGAAGGCUGCGCCUGGUGCUCCAGGUCCUGGCUGUCUGUGUGGAGAAGGAGGGCUACAGUAACGUGGUGGAGGUGGACUACAGAGGAGCCAGAGGGGGCAGGGACACAGUCACCCACAGGAAUCCAGGGCACAGG